GAAGAAGAAGAAAACAUGUCAGGACACAAAUGCAGUUAUUCCUGGGACUUACAGGAUCGAUAUACUCAAGAUAAGUCAGUUGUCAAUAAGAUGCAACAGAAGUACUGGGAAACGAAGCAGGCCUUCAUUAAAGCCACGGGGAAGAAGGAAGAUGAACAUGUUGUCGCCUCUGAUGCAGACCUGGAUGCCAAGCUAGAGUUGUUUCACUCAAUUCAGAGAACCUGUUUGGAUUUAUCUAAAGCAAUUGUACUCUAUCAAAAGAGGAUAUGUUUCUUGUCUCAAGAAGAAAAUGAACUGGGAAAAUUUCUCCGAUCUCAAGGCUUCCAAGAUAAAACCAGAGCAGGAAAAAUGAUGCAAGCCACAGGAAAGGCCCUCUGUUUUUCUUCCCAGCAAAGAUUGGCCUUGAGAAAUCCUUUGUGUCGAUUUCACCAAGAAGUGGAGACUUUUCGGCAUCGGGCGAUCUCAGAUACAUGGCUGACGGUGAACCGCAUGGAACAGUGUCGGACAGAAUACAGGGGGGCAUUAUUAUGGAUGAAGGACGUGUCUCAGGAGCUCGAUCCAGACCUCUACAAGCAAAUGGAGAAGUUCAGGAAGGUACAGACACAAGUACGCCUUGCAAAAAAAAAUUUUGACAAAUUGAAGAUGGAUGUGUGUCAAAAAGUGGAUCUUCUUGGAGCAAGCAGAUGCAACCUCUUGUCUCACAUGCUAGCAACAUACCAGACCACUCUGCUUCAUUUUUGGGAGAAAACUUCCCAUACUAUGGCAGCCAUCCAUGAGAGCUUCAAAGGUUAUCAGCCCUAUGAAUUCACUACACUGAAGAGCUUACAAGACCCUAUGAAAAAACUAGUUGAGAAAGAAGAAAAGAAGAAGAUGGCCCAGCAGGAAAGCACAGAAGCAGCAGAGCAGGAGCCAAGUCAGUUAAUUUCAUUAGAGGAUGAAAACCAACACAAGGAAUCCUGCAGUUUUAAGAGUGAAGAAGGAAAAAGUAUUUUAUCUGCCUUAGACAAAAGCUCCACACAUAAUGCAUGUUCAGGACCUCUGGAUGAAUUAUUAGACAUGAAACCUGAGGAAGGUGCUUGCCUGGGCCCAAUGGCAGGGACCCCAGAACCCGAAGGUGCUGACAAGGAUGACUUGCUGCUGCUGAACGAGAUCUUCAACGCAUCCUCCCUGGAAGAAGGCGAGUUCAGCCAGGAGUGGGCCGCUGUGUUUGGAGACAAUAGGCUGAAGGACCCAGCACCAUCGGGGUCCCUGGGAGAGCCAGACUCCAAGCCUCAGACAGGCUCUGGAUUCCUUCCUUCACAGCUUUUAGACCAAAAUAUGAAAGACUUACAAGGCUGGUCAGAGAGCAAUGUCAAACCUCCUCCUACUCCAUGGUCAGCACCAAAGACAUGCAGUUCAAAUGACAACAGCCCUGCACUGAAAGAGCCUGCCAAGGCUGCCUCGGACCUGACUGCCUGGUUCAGCCUCUUUGCUGACCUCGACCCCUUAUCAAAUCCUGAUGCUGUUGGGAAAACGGAUAAAGAACAUGAGUUGCUCAAUGCAUGAGUCUGCAGCCUCUGAGAAGGAGUUCUCCUGCGGCUCCGCAGCACCUCACCUGGGGCUAGCAGAAGUAUAAUGCAAUCAGUAUGCUGUUUUCAUAUUUACGUGCCAUUUUAAUAAAACAAAAGGGUCAAGGGCCCUGUUUAUAUUGGUAUAAUUAUUUACUCUGAUUUGGUAUAGAGGGUUUUAGUGUGUUCUCUAUGUGGAUCCAAAUAGUACAAGAGUGUCCAGGAGCAGUGUCCAGGCCACUGUUCUCCUGCCAAUGUCCCAUCGUGGCCACUGUGGUGUCGCUGGGCUACUGUGAGAUCAAAGUACUUUGUAAUAGGUUUAAAUAUCAUGUCCCACAGUCCUUAGCGGCAGCAGGAGGCUAACAAAGCUUAAUGUGUCCUCCUGUACCCCCGCCUCUGUGUGAGGGGGUCUUCUUCCUGCCAAACCAACUUCCACUGAGCUCUGGAUGAAGCUCCAGCCAACCAAAGACACUGUCCCCACAGCGCUUGCCUGGUGGGCCACAUGUUCUCCCACUGGUGGAGGAGCUGGGUGUCUCUGCUGCACAAACCUUUCUAUGGAAAGCAGCCAUAUUUCAGAUAUCAGUGUCUUCUUUUGUCCUCUUCAUGGCUGGAAUUUAAAAGCAUGUAUUUCUAGAGCCUCUUGUGACUUUUUUUUUUUUUAAUUAAACAGAAAAAAACAUU